AUGUCAGCGAACAGAUCGAGUCUCGAGGACUUGCCGCAGCACACUGCCGAGGAUAGAUUCCUCGAGUUAGGAGAUGCUCUCGAAAACUUGGAUGAUACGGAACAAGACCAAGACGAAGCUGCAGAUGAGGAUGGCGAAGCCAGCGCCACUAAAGACGACGAUUCGGGGCUGCGCUUGAUGAUCAAAGACAAACCCCGAGCGCCAUACAAGUGGACCAUCACCCACCAGCUCGUCUGGAUGAAGGAAAUGGGCCGAACCCUGCCAACUAAUUUCUUCUCAUGGGCCGAAACGCCCUUGGAAAGCGUCGCGACGCCAAUCAACGUCGACCUCCACUUCGUUAUCCCCGAGAUCCAAGACCGCUUCAACCGCAACGGCAUCAAAGGCACCUUCCAAGCCAUGUUCAUCAACAUGCAGCGCACCCUCCGCACCCCAUACAUCGUGAUGCCGCGCCAGGUGCGCGCGCAGAUCAAGCACGCUGUCAAGGUCUACGGCAAGACCGAUGCAGCGGGGCCCUGCAUGACAUUCACGACGCGCCACUACACCUUUGCGUGCGCCCAGGAAGACAAGAUCCCGUACCCGCUGAUCAACUGCGGUGACGGGAUCCAUCCGUCUGACUUCCCACAAGGCGCUGACGCAGGCCCUUUCACCAAGGCGCUCAUAAAAGCGCAGGUCAUGGCGCACAACGAAGUUACGGUCCAGGAGUUGGAUACGUACCUGGCACUUGUGGGCAUUGACAGGGGCUUGGAGCAGGGGUACUCAGAUCAGGAUUUUUAUCAGAGACAUGUGGAUUCCGUGAGGAAGUACCAGCAGGAGCUGAGGGUUGAGGCGGAUACCAAGGGGUAUAAGUGGGAGACGUGA